CCUGCUCUUGCCUUGAUCUAAGAUGCUAAACAGCUGUUACUAGUUCGGAUUCCAGUGGGCAGGAUAGGAACUGAUAUCUUUUGGGAUAUAUGUAAUGUCUGUUGGCAUCCUCAAACGUUUUACUUUCCUAAUGUUUGUUUAUAAGACAUUCAGAGCACUGGAAUAAGUUUGGAACACUGGAUUUUAGAAAAAGGGAGAUCUUAAACACUGCAGAAAUGGAAGAAAAAUAGAAGUUUGGUAAUUGGAAAUAUCUUUGUAUAUUUUACUUCAUGCCAUAUCUUUAGUAGAUUUACUUCAUAUUUGAGUUCCCUACAUAUGAGCAUGUGAGUAAGCUGAUAAAAGGAUCAACACUAAUCUUUCAACACUGAGAAGCAAGGCUACCAGCAGAAGCCUCAAAUAUGUGGAUAUUUUCUUGGUUUUGUGCCAUUUUAAUUACCUUGGCUGUUGCUGGUGUGGACACAAUAGUAAAGACCACACCAUAUACCAAAUUCACGAAGAAGUCUGAGGGAAAAGAGAUGCCAAAGGGUCCAAAGCCAUCCAGUGGCCAACCUCCAGAAGAAGAAGAAACUCCCUUCACAGAAGCAGCUGAAAUGGCAGAACCAACCCCUGACCCCUCAGCUUUCAAUUCUGUCUUUGGUGCUGCCACCCUCUUCCCCUCUGAAAACCUCACUCUUGACACGGCUGAUUUCUUCUUGAAUUGCUGUGAUUGUUGUUCAUCUGGACCAGGGCAAAAAGGAGAACCUGGAGAGACUGGAAAACCAGGUUUUAAGGGAGAAGCUGGUGGUAUGGGGAUCCUAGGUCCACCAGGAGUCACUGGACCCCAAGGUCCAAAAGGCCAGAAAGGAGAGAAGGGACUUAAGGGAGAACGUGGGGAGCAAGGAACAAACGGAGUUCCAGGAUACCCAGGAAAACCUGGAGUACCAGGUGGACUUGGUCCUAAGGGGGAUAGAGGAAAUAUUGGCCUGGCAGGAGUGAAAGGACAAAAAGGCUCGAAGGGGGACACGUGUGCCAAUGGUACCAAAGGAGAUAAAGGAGACCGAGGGGCUGUGGGUGCACCAGGCUUGAAUGGAGAGCCUGGGGCCAAGGGAGACAAGGGGGAGAUGGGGGAUAAGGGCUACUGUGGAGAUUCUGGGGAGAGGGGGGGAAAAGGAGAAAAAGGCGAGGAGGGCACGAAAGGAGAAAAAGGUAGCAAAGGAGAUAUUGGAAUGGAAGGGAAAAGUGGUUCAGACGGGCUGCCUGGGCCCCAAGGUGAUCCAGGAGUUAAAGGAGAAAAGGGAGAGUUGGGUCCUCCUGGUCUUGUGGGACCUGCAGGGCCAAAGGGUGAACUUGGGAGCAAAGGGGUCCGAGGGUCUAUUGGGAAGAAGGGCUCUCGGGGCCUCAAGGGCUCCAAGGGGGAGGUGGCCAGAGUCCCACAGUCAGCUUUCAGUGCUGCUUUAUCCAAGCCUUUCCCCCCUCCAAAUGCCCCUAUCAAGUUUGACAAGGUUCUCUAUAACGACCAAGGGAACUACAGCCCUGUCACUGGGAAAUUUAACUGUAGUAUUCCUGGGGCAUAUGUUUUUUCCUACCACGUCACCGUGAGGGGCCGACCUGCUCAGAUCAGCCUGGUGGCCUGGAAUAGGAAGCAGUUCAAGUCCAGAGAAACGCUCUAUGGUCAUGAAAUAGACCAGGCCUCUCUCCUCAUCAUCUUGAAAUUAAAAGCAGGGGACCAAGUCUGGCUGGAAGUUUCAAAAGAUUGGAAUGGGGUGUAUGUCAGUGCUGAGGAUGAUAGCAUUUUUACUGGGUUCCUUUUGUACCCAGAGGAAAACCCUGGCAUUUCACCAUAAACUUGUAUCUUCAACACUGUAGUUUGGGUUUAGUGGAAUAAGUCAGGUAACAUUGGGUAGUGCUAUUGAAAAAAGUAAGCUUCAUUUUUUUUCAUGAUUAUAAAAAUAAUACAGAAAAAUUAAGAAAAAAUUAUAUCACCUAGAGUCAAUAAUUCCUAUUUUAGAACAUCACCUUUAAAAAAUAUUUAUAUGUAUUUGAGAGCAUGUGUCUAUUAAUUUUGUAGCUAGCUUUUUUCAUUUAGCAUUAUAAUGGCAUUUCUCAAGCCCUUUAAAUAAUAUUUGUAUACAAAAAUAUGAAUGAAAUUUGUAAUAAAUAAAUAUAUUCUUACUAAA